AUGUAUGUAAAACUUGUAUGCAUGUUCUGGCAAAUCAAAUAAUUGAGACCAGAACAUUAUAAAUAUAAUUGUAAGCAGAUCUUAUCUAACAUACUAAGCUAAGUUAGAUCGCUAUCUACAAUGAUGGCGAGAUCAGAUGAAUUAAGAAAUUUUGUUCUUACAAUUAUGAUUUUGAGUCUAAUGUCAUUUACAGUGGAGGCCAAAAUCCGGCAUUAUAAAUGGGAUGUUAAGUAUGAGUUUAAGUCUCCAGAUUGCUAUAAGAAGUUGGUAAUCACUAUAAAUGGAAUGUUUCCUGGACCCACUAUUAUUGCUGAACAAGGUGAUACCAUUGUUGUUGAUGUUACCAACAGCUUGGGAACUGAAAACCUUUCGAUCCAUUGGCAUGGUAUUCGCCAGAUUGGAACACCAUGGUAUGAUGGAACAGAAGGAGUUUCUCAAUGUCCAAUUGUCCCUGGUGACACUUUCACUUAUAAAUUUGUCGUUGACAGGGCAGGAACAUACUUGUACCAUGCCCACUAUGGGAUGCAAAGAGAAGAAGGAUUGAAUGGGAUGAUUCUUGUGUCGGUUCCAAGUGGACAAUCCGAACCCUUUGCGUAUGACUUUGAUAGGAGUAUGUUGCUUACAGAUUGGUACCAUAAAAGUGCCCAUGAACACGCCACUGGCUUGGCUUCCAUCCCCUUUGUUUGGGUCAAUGAACCUGAGUCACUCCUAAUACAAGGAAGAGGUAGGUUUAACUGCUCAUUAGUGAAUACAACAAGCAGUGAAAUUGGGCAAUGUAACGUUACAAGCCCUGAUUGUUCUCCGUACGUGCUCACUGUCGUUCCUGGGAAAGUGUAUCGCUUAAGGAUUGCCAGCUUAACGUCGUUGUCCGCACUCAAUUUUGAGAUUCAGGGACAUAACAUGACGGUUGUUGAAGCUGAUGGGCAUUAUGUUGAGCCAUUUGAAGUUAAAAACUUGUUCAUUUACUCUGGAGAGACUUACUCUGUCAUUGUCAAAACCAAUCAAGACCCAUCGAAAAACUAUUGGAUUACAACUAAUGUUGUGAGCCGAAUGCCCAAAACACCAACGGGCCUAGCAAUAUUUAAUUACAACCCAAACCCACCACUACAAAACCCACCCACUGUCCCAACCAAAGGCCCAAUAUGGAACAACACUGCACCACGUUUAGCUCAGAGCCUAGCCAUCAAAGCCCGGGAGGGGUUCAUUGAACCUCCGCCCGCUACCCCGGACCGUUUGAUCAUGCUGCUUAACACACAGCAGAAGGUAAACGGGUACACAAAAUGGGCUAUCAACAAUGUGUCGUUUACAUUUCCAACCACACCUUAUUUGAUAGCUCUUAAGGAGAAUAAACUUAGGAACAAACUACACCGAGUGUUCGAUCAACGACCGCCUCCUACCGGCUAUGACUGGCAAAACUACAAUAUUCGUGUCCCGCCACCUAAUCUCAAUGCCACCACAAGCAAUAGUUUAUAUCGCCUAGACUUUAAUACCACUAUUGACAUAGUGUUGCAAAAUGCAAAUAUGAUCAACCCUAAUAAUAGUGAGACACACCCUUGGCAUUUACAUGGGCAUGAUUUUUGGGUGUUAAGUUACGGAGAGGGAAAAUUCGACCCAUUUAAUGACCCAAAGAAGUAUAAUUUGGUUAAUCCAAUACUGAAGAAUACGGUUCCUCUACAUCCAUAUGGGUGGACGGCUAUACGGUUCAAGUCGGAUAAUCCGGGUGUUUGGUUAUUCCAUUGUCAUCUUGAUUCUCAUUUUUCAAUGGGUAUGGGGAUUGUUUUUGAAGAAGGAAUUGAAAGAGUUGGUAAAUUGCCUACUUCCAUUAUGGGUUGUGGACUCUCAAAGGGCCUUAUUACUCCAUAGUUACUUACAUUUGUUUCAAUUAUGCUUCUGUAAAGGAAAGCGAGAAUGCUUUUGGUCACGGUUGCGGUAAUGGUGGUUGUUAACAAUACUGUUAACAAUACUACUACACCUUAGCACAAUAUCACAAUUCAGCUGCUUUGCUACCACAAGAUUUUGUUACAUGUUUACCACAUUAAGUACACUAUUAGCUUCUUUUUUGAUGUAUCUUUUUCUUCCUGUAUAUAAAGGGUUGUAUUAUAUUCAUUAUUUUUCAACAUUACUCUUCUGUUUUGUAGUAACAACAAAUGAUAAUGAAAAGCAACAGCCUUCUUAUUAGAGCUGGUUCUCAUCCUGCUCCUUCAAA